AUGAUUUUUAUUGACACUCCGACAAUGUCCAUGUUCACUUUAAAAGGAAAGCAUGAGGAAAAGCCAUUAUCAAGCACUACAAACACUCAAAGAGUGUACAAAAAAACUGAACUUUGCUUUUUAUUUCAAAUGCUUUCAUUGAGUAGCAAUAUUUUAAAUUACAGCAUAAAGCAAGUUAUUAAGCAAUUUAAAACCGAUUCGUUCAAAAAGCCACUGCAAUUUAUUCAAUUUGCAGAAGAAGCUCAAGCAAAGGACAGAAACAAGACAAUAAAUGCUUCUUGUUAA